GCAAACAACAACAACAACAACAACAACAACCACCAUCACCCCAGCCCCCGAACCUCGAUAUUUUCAGAUAUCCUCUGACUCUCGUGCUUUAAAAACCUUUUACUAUUCUUUAUACGUAGUCUUCGUCAUCUGAAACCGCUACAUACAAAAGUCGAAAGCUGAAUUGCUGAAAACGACAUCAAAAUUAAAAAUUUCCUAUCUGGGAAUUUUUGAACCAUGGAUAUAGAUUCCGAAAAUAACGCCGACGGCCGUCGAACUCCUCCCUUACGCGUCGAAAAUACUAUCGACCCCCCAGUUACACCUCCUACUCAUCAUCGCUCUCGUUCUCCUCACCAAAAUGCUCCGACUUUGACACCUCCCCCUUUCACUCCUCGAAAAGCAAACUCCUCCAUGCAGCAACUCCUCAUGUCUCCUUGCGCUAACCGAUCGCUUACUGGUGCUGUCCGUCCUGACGGCGUCAAAUUGAUCGUCCGCAAUGCUUACCUCGAGGACGACGCAGUUCAUGAUCCUGUCGCUAUCAUGAGGAACAUCACCACCUUGCUAGCAGCCUCUAAUCCUGAACUCAAGUGCAUCCCAAUCGAAAUCUCUCCCUUUCGAGCCACCCAGCCUCAUCCCGCGACCUGUUAUAUCUCCCUUCAUAGAUCGCUGGCCAACGAUCGUGAACCUCGGGCUGAUCUACUAGAGAAAUGGAUGGAGGGAAUUCGAACCUAUGGCGCACAUCGCGGCUUACAGGUUGAAUGGGCACCAUCGAAGGAUGGUCAGGAUAAAAGAAUGUGGCUCCGUCUCCACAACGUCAGCCAGCUAUACGAGGAUGAACAAAAUCGCUUGAACCCGACUCGAGACCAACCAGCGGAGAACAAAGAGGCGAAGCUCCUGGUUCCCUACAUCAUCGAUGUACUGCGAAGGGAAAACAUCAUGUUCUACAACGUAUUUCCCGCUGGGAAUAACAUCAUCAUUGAAACGUCGGUGCCGAACGUCUACAAAUCCAUCUCUGAACACGGCUCUCUACCGAUCCCCACAAUCUCAUCCAUUCCCAUCCCUGUUUUCCCUGUCCGUCACAACCCGGUUCAUCACCCCUACGAGUUAGUCAUUGCCGGAUGUGCUCAGUACGAACCACCACCUGCCGAAUUUCUUCGCACCUGGAUACAUGCAAACUGCGCGAUUGACGGUGAAUCAGUUGUCGAAGAGCGUAUGGCUCCAGGCCCUUUAAGGCAAGACGAUCUCUACGUAUUUUCAUGCACGUCAUGGACAGCCACGCAGAAGGUCCUCUCAAAAGCACCACUCUUCACGAAGGACGUCACCUCGAAUUACAAAUAUCUCUCCGCUCCACAGUUGCUCUAUACAUAUAACUCCAAUCCACCUGCGAUAGUUAGAAGAGACACAAAGGAUGUCGUCAACCAAGGAGCGAAACAGGUAAUUGCAUCCGUCCUGGAGAUCACCAGACGUCUAGAUGAGAGGGACAAGCGCGAUCGCGAGCGGGAUACUAACUUUGCUGCUCUUGAAAAAAGGGUAGACAGCGGCGAGCAGCAGCUAGUGAAGGUAGUUGGCAUGGUCGACAUGGUUCAACAGAACUUCGGUGCAUUACAGUGCAAUCUCCAGGCCGUUCAGCAACAGCUGAACAUCGCAACUCAACGAAACUCGCUGACGAACCAACUGACGAUGCUACAAACAAGGAAGCUGAUAGGUAUGGAGUCACAAGUCAAGGAGAUAGAAUGUGAUCGCCAAAUCGAGCGCAUUCAAACCCUCCUCGAUAAGCUCGCUGAGUCCGAAUUGAAAACUCUCGGUAUGGCCUCACCCUCCUUGGCUUCCCAGAUUCCUCCUCCCCCUCCUUCCCCUCACGUUCCGGCCUCUAAUCCUCCAUCAUCACCACAAAAUCAUGCAUCCUCCUCAUCUGUCAAUCGCAUUAGGCAACUUUCUCCGCCGGCUCAAACGGAAACACGGCGAACUAGGCGAAGGACAUCCGAAUUAAUCGAUGGGGUUACUGUGUCUCCCUCCCGCAAGUCAAUAUCAAGAGCGCUAUCAAAAUCCGGGACCAAUGGCGAGGAGGAGACAGUCCCAGAGAGCCAGUGAAGCAUCUUGCAACUCGGUUUACUCGCGGUCCUGACGGGACAAAAGGAUUUCAGAAUAGAAUGUUGAAACGGACUUCGAGCGACACAAUUCCUAAAAUACACAUAAUAUCAAAUCUCCCAUCACUUACCAUACCAACUUUCAUACGUUAUUGCACUAUCAAACUCCCUCAGUCAUCCUGCUCUCAACUCGAUUCUGUCGUCAGUAAAUACCCAUAUCAUUUUGCUCCUCAUACGUCCCGCAAUAUUGCCGUUACACAAAAACGUUCAAUCCAUUUUCCAAAAGUUACCCUAACAAAAAUUACAUCGCAUAAUCCCAUUCCUCUUCCUAUCCAUUCUUGCACAAACGCUUUCAGCUAUCCAAUGAUAAUCAUCUUCUUGUUGUACCUCGUUGGCAUUGCGCAAGCUGCCGUUCCGUCUUCC